UUUGUGCGGUAAAGGCAUAAGGCGUAAAACUAUUGAUCAAUCAAGGGUAGUUAAAGGGAGAUAGACUUGGUAAAAUAGAACGGGGGAGUUUGCGUGCGCGCGCACGCGAAAAAAAGAAAGAGAAAUUUAUGGAUUAAAAAGGGUGAAAGAGAUAGCGAAAAGUGAAAAAAGAUUACAAGAAAAUAUUCUGAGUUUAAGGACAGCUGUUGUUACUUAAAUAAUUUUUAUUUUUUUCUAAUUAAAUUGACAAUAUUUAUUUUAUAUUUUAUACUAUUAUCUUGACGAAUUCAAGCAACGAUGAAAAUUUAAAUUGUGACAAUAUAUUGAGUAAUAGUAUUAUGUACUUUAGAUAAUCAAAAAUAUUAGUGAAUUUUGUUAUGAAAAAAGAUUUCAAAUAUGAUGGUAAAAACAGUGAUUGUCAUACACAAAAUGUGUCUAAAAAGCCUUUAAAAUGAAUGAAAUUUAAUAAUAAGUAACUUAAUUAUUUUAUCGUCUUUAUUAGUCAUUCACAGAUUUUCAAUGCAAACGUUGCGAAAAAAAAAUAGCCCAUGCAAAUACAAAAAAGAACCAACCCGAUUUCUCGGGGAAGGUGUGUCAUUCAAAGCGAAACUUAUUGGGAUUUUAGAAGUAUCAGAAGCACGGGGUGAUAGAAUGUGUCAAGCGGCUUUAGCCGACUUAAAAAUGGCUAUAAGAGCCGCUGGAGAACAUAAACAACGAAUCGCUGUUCAAGUCAGCAUUGAUGGCUUAAGAUUACGAGAUGAGAAGUCUGGGGAAUGUCUUUAUCAUCAUCCUGUUCAUAAAAUUUCUUUUAUUGCUCAAGACAUGAGUGACUCACGAGCUUUUGGUUACAUAUUUGGAUCUCCCGAUACAGGUCAUCGAUUUUUUGGCAUCAAAACGGAUAAAGCAGCGAAUCAGGUUGUUAUUGCAAUGCGUGAUUUAUUUCAAGUAGUUUUUGAAUUGAAAAAGAAGGAAAUAGAACUUGCAAAACAUCACAUUGAUCAGCACAGUGCAAAAUUCCAUACUAAUAGUAUUUUCGUAGAACCAGCGCCAGAUACUAAGGGUGCAGCUGGUGCUGAAAACUGUAUGCAUCGAGUUAGAUUAAUGAAUGCUGAAAGUGGAAAAUUGAUUGAUAAACCAACCAAUGAUAGUGAUGGAGUAAUGGCUGAUCUCCUAGAUCUACAGAUUGAGUUAAGUUCGAUACAACAAGGCAUUCAUCAAAUGGAUAAAUUAACUCCAGAUCAUCCACGAAGUUCUUUAGAAGAUUCAUUUGAAUCUGAUCCAUUUGGCGAUUCAUUUAUAAAUAUGAAGGUUCAAGAUUCAAUACGUCCUAUUUUACCUCCUCCACCUUCUUCAUUAAAACGCGGACAUUCUGAUCGUCAACACUCAUCAAUGCAUUCAAAUUUACCGAAAAAUUCAACCUUGUUAACGAGUCAAACAUCAUUACCAUCUUCAGAGCAUUGGCUAGAAAAAGAUAGGGAUAAAAAUUUGUGCGAUAACGAAAUUCAAGAUAUAUCAAAUACUGCUUAUGAUGAGAAAAAAAAUCACAACAAUUCUGUCUUAUCCGGAGUUCAGGAUAAAAGUCCACAGAUUGAUGUUUUUACGGAGUUAGAUCCAUUAGGAACAGGAUUGAGUAAGCCUUAUAUUGAUAAAAAAGAUUUCUUUCAACAUUUAAAAAAUCCACCAAAACGAGUUUUAAAGGAUCUUGUAACUACAACUUCAAGUGAUAUUUUCCCAACUCAUUUUAAUGUUUCGAUAGGUACAUCUGGUGAAAGUAUAUCUGAUAAAAAUAAUUUCGAAGAAUCUAUUAGCAACGAAAAUUUUGCUGAUUUUGGUAAAUUUGAAAUUUUGGAUAAAAAUAUAUCUUUAAGGAAUGAAGUAACAGAAAUCGACGAUAAAAAGAAAAUUACAAAAGAUUCACUAUUAGAACCUGUUAAUUUGUCACCAGAAGAUAGUUCAAUGUCGAAAUGGACUCCAACUAAAUUUGUAGAAGUAUUAGAAAAAAGUGUUACAGAUGAUUUUCAAAAUUUUGAAAAAUUGUCAAGUUCAAAUAACCAAUUUUUUAACGAAAAGAAAAGUAUAGAUUCGAGUAUACCGGCCAAUUGUAAAAAUAAUUCAAUCGAUAAAUCUUGCCCUAUUGAUUACUCAAUAAUAAAUGAUUCCCCAGCUUCACCAUUACGCUCCUGCUCAUCUGAUGCUAAUUCUCGAUUGUCAAGUUCAAGUGCAGAACUUGACGUCGUUCCUGAGCCACCUCCACGAUCAACUGCUAAUGUAACAAUUGAUCCUCCGCCUCUUCCUCCAAAGCAAUCAUCAAGCAGUACAAGUACAACAUUAUAUUCACGACCAGCCCAUGAUUUUGGUAAUAAUUUAUUAAAAAAAGACGAAAUGCUAUCAUCAUCAGUUAGAAAUGACGAAAUAAAAGAUCAUCAAGAUAUAACUACUAUUUUUAAAACACAUAAACCUACGUUAAUGUCUAAAGAUACUGAUGAGUUCAAAAUGACAGACAAUAUGAAUAGAAUACCUUCUUCCGUUCAACAAAGUUCCGUCACUACUGUGACAUCUUCCCUAUUAACAUCAUUGGUUCAUCAAUCAUUAAAUUCCGCAAAUAAUAUUCAAAAAAAUUCAUCUUUUAAUGAUUCUCUCAAUAAUUCUGCAUCAUCCAAAUUUGCUGAGUUAGCAACGUAUUUGAAUAUGAAUGUUUCAGAUUUAACAACUUUAACUCUUCAGCAGCUAAGUGAAUGUAUAGCUAAAUUACAAUUACGUGAUUCCCAACAAUCAAUUAUUCCAGUUGAUGAUUCAAAGGAGACGAAUGAUAGUGACCAAUUCAUGCAACCGAAAAGUUCGAAACCUGAUCCUAAACCUCAAGAUGAUGAAAAUUAUGACAAGUAUGCUGUUUUCAGAGAAUUAUUGGAAAUUGAACAUACUGAUCAGAAUGUAGCUCCGAAAGACACACCACAAGUAAUUGAAGAUGAUGAAAAAGAUAAAAUAGAAGAAAAUAUAGAAUGUGAAAACGAGAAAAAAAUUGAAUUUAAAAUGCAAACUUGUAAUGAAUCGCAUUCUGAUGUUUUAAAAAGUGAUGACACAAAGCAUAAAAACUCUGAAAUAAUUCCUAAAAAAGACGAAAGUAAUGUAGUACCAACGAGAUUCGAAAGUGUUUAUUCGCCAGAAAAAAUAGAUGAUGUUGAGUCCAAACCAGAAAAAGCGAUAACUGAACAUAGUACGGUACAAACAAAUACAACUGACUACUUCACAGAUGUUAUAAAUGAAAGUAGUGAUAAAACUGAAAGUCGAUCAAACUCUACUGCACUAAAUGAUAAGUAUGCAGCUCUAAGGGAAAUUGCAAUUGAAAAGGAGCCAAUCAAUGAGGAGUCAUUUGAUCCAAUUGAAUCAUUUGGUGAAACUACAAAAAAUAAUAUUGAUCAAGAUUUAAUGAAAAUAUUUUCAGUUUCACAAUCUAUGACUCCAAGUCCUACAAAUAAUAAUCAAAAAAAUAUGCACUCACAAGCUGUAUCUACAAAUAUUUUUGAAGAAAUAAAAAUGUUGAAUAACAGUAGUUCCAAAGGUAAUACAAAAAAUAUGAGUGCAAGUGCAUGUGGCUUUGAAGAUGUUUUUUGUCCGUUUACAAAUCCAAAAAAGGUUGUUAAAGAAUCUAAAAAUCACAAUUGGGCUAAGUUUGAUAUUGAUGCUUUCCAAUCAGACAAACAUCGAUAUGAAAAGCACAGUUCUUCAAAAGGAACAUCACCAUGGUCACCGGAGGAAAAAGAAAUGAGCAGUGAAUCAGUAUUUAAAAUAUCUACCAACAGGCAUUCUGGAGAAAGUGACAAUGAGUGGAAGGAUGAAGAGGAAAGUGAAGAAAGUAAUGGCAUACCAAAAGAAGGACGGUUUUAUAAUGGAAAACAUUCACGAUUGAAAUCAAGCUGUGGGAAAAUGGUUUAUUAUGAUAGCAUGGCAAGAAUGAGUGAUUCAGAAAGACAUUGUAGAGAAAGAAUGAAUAAAGAAAUGUAUGAAAUGCCUUGGGAUAAAUAUAAUCAUCGAUUUAGAUUAGAUUCCUCGCCGUGGCAUGAAGAUGAACGAUGGGAAGAUGAACAUAGAAUUUACACACUUCGAAAAAAUCCUUAUGAAGAAGAUGAAUGUAUGGCCCAUCGAAAAUGUAGAAAUAGUCAAAGAUCACCAUGGCUGGGAGAAAGAGAUGCAUAUAGAAUGCGAGAUCAUUCACUUUAUGAAAAUGAUCGAAGCAAAAGAAGAAUGCCACUUUGGAGUGAAGAUGACAGGGAUCAAGAAAAAUUCAGUAGUCAAGAAAGUAUGGGUUACGAUGAUGACGAUAGAUGGUCAAGAAGAGAGUAUGAAAAAAAGCGACGAGAAGAAGAUAGUAGGUUUUGGGGGCGACAUGGUGUACCAGAUUCAAAUUAUCCUGUAAUGUAUCGGAAACACAAUCCUCAUUAUUAUAGAAACAAUAGAGAGCAUUUACCUUGCGAAUAUUCUCUAAGCUGGGAGAAAGAUCAUUGCCAUCAAGUUGAUCAUUCACAUAAGUAUAGUUUUCGGAAAAGAAAUUGGCCGAAAAGACCUAAUAGCGCUAAUGAAGAUAGGCAUAUCGAUGUUAUUUGUACAGAAUCGAGAGUUAAAUAUGGGGUAUCAAAGUCUGAAUGUAGUGAUAAUGAUUUAGAACAUUAUCGUCCGUAUAGAUCUAGAAGCCGUGAAAGUUAUUGGGAUAGUGAUCAAGAGUUUGAUAGUUGGGGAGACAAAUUUUAUUGGCCUGCUGAUGUUGAAUCAAAAAAUGAAAGUGUCAAUCGUAAACGAAUGCUUAAAUAUAAACAACCAGAAACAUCUAUUAAAUCCCAAAAUUCACUUUUCGAAGAUGAUUUUCUUCAACCAGAAGAACAACCAUCAACUGGGCCAAUUAACUGCAAACCUAGUCCAGAUAAUUUGAAACGAAUGCAGUCGUCUAGUCAUGAACAAUCUAUUAAUGAGUGUAUGAAUUACGAUUUAUCAAUGUACGGACAAUCUAGUUUUUUCAAAAGUGACUUAAAAAAGAAUUCUAAUGCAUCUAGUGAAGAUCCAAGUUCACAUGCACCAGAGUCAAAUGUGAAUCCGCGCUUAGAUGGUUUCCCAAGUAACAUUAAGGAUUCACCACCAAUAGAUGAUUCAGUAUCAGAUGAGCAAAAAGCAUCAGCAGUAGAUAAAGACAUAAAAAUCAACGAAAAUGUAUUUGUAUUAAAACCUGAUGUAGAAACUGAUGCUAAUAUUGGGGUACAUUUAAAACAUCCAAAACAAACAAAGUGUCAUAGUAAUAAAUUUAAAGAACAUCAUGGUAUUAAAAAGUCUGAGUCUGUUAAUAUUUUUAUUAGAGAAAAUGAUCCAUUUGAUGAUGAUGAUUUCUUCAAUUAAUAAAAAUAUUUUCAUUUUUAUUCAUUUUAAAUGUUAUAAAGUUUUUUAAAUGAAAAUGUAAAAUACACUCCAAUAAAACGUAUAGUUUUAACGUUUGCUUGCAAUUUGGAAAAUUUUAAAGGCUUACGUGAGCUGAAAAAAUUCCUACUUUUUUAUACUCGUAUGGUUCAUCAAAUUAUAUCUAAGUGUGCUAUUUUCGAUUUGAUCCUAAAUAUAUUUAGAAUUUUAUAUGAAGUUUACCGUAGUUGAUUACUUGUAAUUAUGCUUCAAAUAUUUGGUUUUAAGAAUUUAUUUGAUUUAUCCAAAAAACAAUUCCAAAGAGGUUUAUUUGUAAAAAGUUCUUAUAAACUGUGUGAAAUUUUGUUCCAAGUUAUACCAAGCAGAAAUGAUAUAUUAUAAAUUAAUCUAGCUAAUUGUCAUUAUCAUCUAAAGAGGGGAAUGGAUUUUAAUUCCGGCGAAAGUUUCCCGUACCAUAUAAAAAAUUUUUGUUCACACAAAUAAAUAAUAAAUUUUUAUAUUAAUUCAAGUUAAACCUUGAAUAAUAAAUUGACGCUACAACAAUAUUAGUACUUACUUUGCAUAAAACAU